CGCUAGUUCAUGCACCUCAGGGCAGCUAGGUAUUCGAGCCAAUAUCACUCUACUUAAUUCCGUCCCUUAGUGGAUGUCCUCCCCCCAAACUUUUAGCAGUGACGCAGCCUCGCAUUCGACCUCACAAACUUUUACUUAUCAUCAGUACGAGCCACCAUUAAGAUUCGACAAGCAGCUACGGUUUCAAAUACGAGAAGCGCACCAUGGCCGACUACGAUAGACGACCAGGCGGCUACCGCAAGCGAAGAUAUCGAGACGAUGACGACCAUUACGAUCGCCGAAACCAGAGAAGACGAGUUGACUCGGCACCUCUUCCUGUGCGCGUCCGACGGCAGCUUCUCAGCAUCGCAGACUCUCCUUUGCGCCGAUGGGCUGAAGAAGUUCAAUCCAUUGCACAUAUGGUGGCCGAGAAUCAUGAUGACGAAAAUCUUCGCAAGACAUUUCUCGACUUGGUGACGCAAAUUCUGCUCGAGCAGCCUCUCAAGACGCCCUUCGUUGCCGCUGUUGUUCACAUCAUCAAUACCCUGAAGCCCGAGUUCGUUGACGUGAUCCUCGCUCGCAUUGGGCAAAUCACAGCAGACAAGAUCGCUCAGGGCGAGUGGCGUGAUGUAAAGUUGCUGCUUAAGUUUCUGGCCUGUCUGCAGUCUUUGAUGGAAGGGGAUGGCCUCUUUCCCAUCCUAGAGGAGCUUUUCAGUCGAGCUGCGGACCUCCAAACGGCCAGUUCGGACGACACUAUUGGUACCGAAAUUGUCAAGAUAAUUCUCCUCACCAUCCCUUACAUCAUGGUGUCCGCCCCUGGACAAUUUCAGCAAAAGGCCGCGGAGUUGAUGGAGAAGACAGACAUUAUUGCUUCCGAGCCUCAUGCCCUCCAAGCACUUGUUGAUCCUUAUCACCCCGAGGGCAAAGAAGAGAGUCCUGGCACGUCACUUAGUGUUUGUAUGCUGCUCCAACAGCAGCUCCAGUCUGAAGCAGCCAAGAACUGGGAACUAUCAUGCUUGCCACGACCUUGGGAGAUGCCACUGGAAGAUAUCGAGGCUCAAGACAAACUCUCGAAUGCGCCCAAACACGCGCUUCCCGCCAUCGCCAUCCCCGCGGCUGUCAUUGCAGGGCCUCGACCUCUGUUUCCAGAGAUCUACUUUUCAGUCUACUCUCAACAGGAGGUCCCUUCUGUCCCAGCUGUGACUGACAUCGCUGCAUCCCUUAUUCGCGAUGGCCUUCUUGACACGAUCAACAUCUUGGACUUCAACCGUAAUGUGACGGCUCGCUAUUUGAUGGACCUGGAUUGCUAUUUCGCCGACGGCACUUUUGUUAAGCGUGCCACUCCUUUUGAUGAAUUGAAGAACUUUCCCGAUGGGAAAAAUACAUGGAAGCCAGAGGAUGUUGCUGUCGAUACAGUGUUCUCGCAGUUGUUCCAACUGCCCACACCCGAGCGAAAGCUUGUGUACUACCAUUCAGUCCUCACUGAGGCCUGCAAGUUGGCACCAGCCGCUAUUGCCCCUAGUCUUGGUAGGGCUAUAAGAUAUCUCUACCGGAACAGCCCUCAGAUGGACCUGGAGCUGAGCUAUCGGUUCAUGGAUUGGUUUUCCCACCAUCUCAGUAACUUUGGCUUCACCUGGAAGUGGGCCGAAUGGGUUGAUGAUGCGCAACUGCCGGAUGCCCAUCCCAGCAAGUGGUUCUUGAAGGGUGCCCUGGAUAAGGAGGUGAGACUGAGUUUUGCCCAGAGAAUUCAGAAGACCCUCCCUGAACCCUAUCUACCCUUGGUAGGCCCUGAGAAAGAGAAAGAUGUUCCCGACUUCAAGUUUCAGAAUUCUGAAACACCGUUCUCUAAAGAGGGCCAGGAAAUCGCCAGUCUCCUGAGACGGAAAGCACCAGAUGAGGAGUUCCAGCCUCUUUUCGAGAGCAUUCAAACCCAAGCUUCAGAACAAUCAUUGGACCCUAUAGUUGCUAGCACAGAUGUCUUUAUGACCGCCGUUUGCUGGGUUGGUUCCAAGUCGUUAAGCCACGUCCUUGCCUGUAUCGACCGGACCAAAGGUCGAUUACUUGAAGCCGGUAAUUCUUCCGAGGCGGCGCGCGCCCAAAUUAUCUCUGCCGUCAUGAGUUACUGGCACGCACACCCUGGUGUUGCUCUCUCAAUCAUCGAGAAACUUCUCAACUACUCCAUCUUGACCCCCUUUACCGUGGUAGACUGGGCUCUUGUGGCAAGCACGCCAGCAAACGGCACUGAUGGCGGUGAUAGUCUCACUGAACCUCACAUCUUUGAGCUUGUUUUUAAUACGAUUUUCAAAGUCACGCGUCGCAGCCGUGAUGUUGUCGCUGCACCCGAAACCGACGAGGAGACACGCAUCAAGGAGAUAAAAUCGACUCGGGAUCUUUUCCGUGCCAUGAAUGAUGCUCUCGUUAGCUGGGCUGGUGGAAGCAAGGAUGAGCUGAUGGAGGGAGGUGACGGAUCAAGCGAUCGCGAAGCCAUGAUCCGACGAUGGGGACAACGAUGGUUGCGUGUCUUUAAGAGGAUGGGUGCCAUCGAGGAGGCAUUUGUUAUCGAGGUGAGCAAGAAUUUGGGUAAAGACAAGAUGGCUACGGAUGGAGUAGAAAAUUAGACGACCGAACUGCAAAGUUUCGAACGUGGAGCGGUAGAUAUGCGUGUACAGUAGAAACGAACAGGAGCUAAAAUGGAGCUUACUCGGAGUGUCAUUUCUGAAAUUAUAGGGUACGGAAUUCGGGUAAUUUACAUAAUUUCAAAG